AUGAGAAGGGAUUCAUUCAUGUACCUCUGCACUGUACUUAGGCCACAUCUUGAGCGACAGCGAACACGCUACAGAGUUCCUCUCACUGUGGAACAAAGAGUUGCCGUUACAAUUUGGAGGCUUGCUACAAAUGUUGAAUAUCGCUCUAUUGCACACUUGUUUGGUAUCGGCCUCUCAACGGCAUGUGUUGUGACACAGCAAGUAGUUUCAGCCAUUCUCUUUAUCCUGAAACCAAAUUUGAUCAAAGUUCCUACAGGAAACAACCUGAAACAUGUAGUAAAUGGCUUCAGAGACAGGUGGGGCUUUCCCCAAUGUGCUGGGGCUAUAGAUGGCACACAUGUGCCUAUCAUUGCCCCACAUGAUAACAGGUCUGACUACUAUAACAGAAAAGGCUACUACUCAAUAAUUCUGCAAGGUGUUGUGGACCACAAAUUGAUGUUUUGGGACAUAAAUGUUGGGUGGCCUGGAAAGGUGCAUGAUGCAAGGGUCUUUGGAAAUUCCUCCAUCUUCCAAAAAGGGCAAUCAGGCAGACUUUUUCCACCAUGGACAGAAGAAUUUCAAGGUGUUUCUGUCCCUAUAUGUAUUGUAGGAGAUGCUGCAUACCAACUCCUACCGUGGCUACAAAAGCCAUUUCCUGAAACACCAGGAGUUACCCAGGACCAGCGUCUGUAUAAUUACAGACUAAGCAGGGCCAGGGUGUGUGCAGAGAGAGCAUUUGGCAGGCUGAAAGCAAGAUGGCGAUGCCUACUGAAGAGAAACGACCACAACCUCAAGAAGAUUCCUAAAGUUGUGGCAGCUUGUUGUACACUUCAUAAUUAUUGUGAGAGCAGAGGUGAAAUGCUGGAGUCUGAACUACUGGGAAAUGAGGAAGAUAUAGAAGACAGGGAAAUGGGCUACAACUGGGACCUGAAGACACAGUGGAUCGUUCUCACGGGAGUUUCCUCACCUCUCCACCGACUACAGCUGCUGGACGACAGCUGGGACACAAAAGCACAGUGA